UGUAGUCGAACUUUGUUCAUGUAGCCAGAUUAUUAUUUUCUAGAUUAUUUUUAAAUGAUAAUUGUACAGUGUGCUGAUAUAAGGAUUUGAAGUCAGAAUUAAAUUAAGAACAACAGUUAUUAUUUCAUGCGUUAAAGUGGCAUUGCAUGAAAAAUUAUAAAGUUUGUAACAUUUAUUUAAAUUGGAUUCGUGUAUGUUUUGUGAUUAUUUCAUAAGCAGUAGUGAAAUUAAAUGAAGCCGCCAUUCGUUUUAUUAUUUUUGUGUCUUAUGAUUUUAAUUGAACAAGAUGUAAAUGCAAAGGAAGAUGAAAAAUGUACUGAGCACGGAGUUACCAAAAUUGGUAAUUAUUUAUUAGAUGUUUUGCCAUUAAAAAAUUGGCAUCCAAAAAUAGUGAAAUUCAAGAAAUUUGUGAGAGUUACAAUCAACCGUGGAUGUAUAUACUAUUCAUAGCCAUUAUAGUUGUACUCGGACUUUUUGUUAUUGUAAUUCUAAUUUGUUUUCUUCGUGAACGAAGGAAACGGGUUCAGUUGGCAAAAAUUCUUAUGGGAGAUCCCCAGAGAAUCAACCAAUAUAAGCCACUGAAUAACCAAGCCCACCUAUUGCCGUAUAAAAAAGAAUUUGAAUUUCCACUAAAAAAGCUUUAUAUCGGAAAGGUGAUUGGUCAAGGUUCUUUUGGUGUAAUCCACAGAGGAGUUGCACAUGGAAUAUUAUCUAAUGAGGAGACAACCAAGGUUGCCGUCAAGGUAUCCAAUGGUAUAUGCGAUGACGAAGAAUUGAGGUUAUUAGUGAAUGAACUGAAGAUAUUGAUGCACAUGGGUCUAAAUUUGAAUGUGGUGAAUUUACUUGGAGCUGUUACCAAGAAUAUUGUACAAAAUGAAUUAAUGAUUAUUACCGAAUACUGUGAUUACGGCAAUAUUGGAGAUUUAUUGAGAAUUAAUCGGGAACGUUUCAUCGAUCAAAUUAAUCACUCGAAUGAUACAAUUAAUUUAUUUGAACAAGUACAAAAUGAAGAUGCCUCAAUUGACUGUGAAAGUGAUGAUCAACAAGAUUACGAAUUUGAAAUUGACGAAAAAUCUUCCAUUCAUUCUUCGAAUUUUGAAAUAACUCAGGAAUAUCAUUUAAACGACUAUUCAAAGGACCAUCCGAUGCGAGAUGAAAACGAAUAUACAAGGCUCGAUUCAAUUACAACGUGUGAUUUACUUUACUGGUCAUUUCAAGUGGCGCAAGGGAUGCAUUAUUUAAUAUCUCGCAAUAUUCUACACCGGGAUUUGGCCGCGAGAAAUAUAUUGCUGUGCAAAAACAACAUAGUUAAAAUUUGUGAUUUCGGUUUGGCGCGAGAUUUGCCUAGGAAAGGAUAUUACCGAUCACGAGGACAUGAAGCAGUUCCAAUUAAAUGGUUGGCGCUCGAAUGUCUUAGCGAACCGAAGUACAAUGUACAUUCUGAUGUCUGGUCAUUUGGCAUCGUUUUAUGGGAGCUAUUUUCACUCGGAGAAGAACCAUAUUCUGAAAGAAAAUUGGAUUCUUUUGACAAGCUAGAAAAGCAUUUAAAAAACGGACACCGAUUGAGUAAACCACAAUAUGCCACUAAAUCUAUAUACGAUAUUAUGAUGUCAUGUUGGAACACCGAUCCCAAGUCACGUCCAUUAUUCAAUAGUCUUGCAGAGACCAUUUCCAAACUUAUGAAACCUGAUGAUCUAGAGAUAUUUAUCAAUUUAAAUAAACCGUUUCAAUCAAUGGCUGGAAAAUUUAAAUCUGGAAAAACGGAUUAUAUAGCAUUGCAAGAAGUUUUCUCUUGUGAAAAACUAAAAGAAAACGAUGAAUGUGUUGUAGAAAUACCAUUGCAAUCUUUUGAUUCAUGCAGUGGAAGCAACUUGAAUUUAUGUAACACACUCGAUGGGCACAUCAAUGCAAUUUAACAAUUCAAAUUGAAACUAAAGAGCGCGUACCACUGCAUGUUUUGAUUGUUCAAAUUGAAAGUCUUUCUAGGUGUCAACGAACCACCAAAUUGCCGAUCCAAUUUUACGUCCAUUAUUCGAAAGUCUUAUUUCCGAUCUUAUGAAACCUGGUGAUCUAGAGAAAUUUAUCAAAAUAAAUCGUUUAUGGGAUCAAAUCAUGAAUCAAAUGCUGCAAAAUGUAAAGAAGCGAUAAGAUUACUGCCUAAAAUGAUGAAAAAAUAAAAUUCACGUAUAGUUGGCGCUACAUUCUAUGUAAUAAGCGUAUACUUUCCACUUAGUCCGUUGCAACGGAAAACAAGUUUGCAUAGAAUGCAGCGCCAACUAUAUGUGAAUUUUAUUUUUUAUCGUUUUAGGCAAUGAAUCUAUGGUGUUCUUAUGGCUUCUUUCGAGAAACAGAUUAUUUAGAAUUACAUCGAAUGCAUAAAACGACGAAAAUCCAAAGUCAUAAUAUAACGUUAACUUGAUUGUUCAAAUUAAAGAAAUACGAAGAAAAUAAAGAUCAAAUACUACAUGCUAUUAGUGAUACCGUUUCUUGUUGCUGCUAAAAUGUUCUUGCAACCAUAACUAUAUUAAAAACAAUGAUUUUUUUAUGAUGAAAAUGCACAAAACAUAUACACAAAACCAAUAUAUCCCCCCAAAAAUUCAAGCGCCUCAAAACUUCGUGAAUUCAAAGAAUAAAAUUGUUUAAUACACCACAAAUCGAGAAAGUAGUGCAAGUCAUCGACCAAAAGUCUUGCGGUUUAUGUUAUAUACCACGUCUGGUGAAAUGUAUACACUAUUCUAAUUUAAUCUAGAAAUACGGAUUUAAUGCCAUCAUGAAAAGAAUUUUUUUUUCAAAUAUGAAAUCUAGGUAUUCUCGACACUCUAUUGUCAAGAUAUAU